UUCGCACGCCCAGCCCCGCGAGGUUGCUCCGCCAUCGCACAGCAGCAUUCCCAAAACCGUUCUGGGGCUAUUCCAUUCAUCCUCCCCCCCCGUCCCCUUAAAAAAUAUUUCGCACUUCGACGUUUAGUUUUGCAACUACGCUGCUAUCUCUGGCCCCAUGCUUGUUGUCGGCCGUUGUAUUUUCAUCAGGACACGCCUACGCAUGCACUCUUGUUUGCGUGCCCUAUAAAUCUCCACGAUAUCUUGCAGAGGUGGGUUGGUUGGCUAGUGGGUUUUUUACUUUCUUCUCGUUGUGGGUUGUGAGGUUUUGAUAGUUUUGGAAAGAAUUGCAAGGGUUGGAGAAUUGGCAGAGGGUGCACAGGAUUGAGUUUGUGAGGAUUAGAUAUGGUGGCGGCAGUGAGCCGCCUGCGUACGAUGAUGCGGUUUGGGGUGCACGGCUUGAGAACAUCGUGGGUGCGCCCCAUGGGGACUGCUGCUCGGGCGUCCAUGGAUGUGGAAGGGUGGCGUGAACGCGAGCAGGGACCGAGUGUGCCGGUGGAGGUCGUGCAUUCGCAGGAGGUAGAUCGUGGUGUGCAAUGGGUGUUUUUGGGUUGUCCUGGCGUGGGGAAAGGUACCUAUGCCAGUCGUCUGGCGAAGUUGUUGCACGUGCCUCACAUUGCAAUGGGCGAUCUAGUGCGACGAGAGAUUUUAAAUCUAACCCCCAUGGCGGAGCAGCUUAAGAAAAUUAUGGGCGCUGGGCAACUGCUCCCAGAUGAAAUUAUAUUCAGGCUUCUAACAAAGCGGCUUGAAAACGGCGCCUCCGAAGGGGAAACUGGUUUCAUUCUGGAUGGAUUCCCUCGAACCGUGCACCAGGCUGAGAUCAUGGAUGAAGUCGCCAGCAUAGACUUAGUGGUGAACUUAAAAUUACGUGAAGAUGUAUUGAUUAGUAAAUGUCUUGGGAGACGCAUAUGCAGCGAGUGCGGGGGUAAUUUCAACGUCGCUUCGAUUGACGUUGAUGGCUAUGAUAGCGUUCCCCGCAUACUUAUGCCACCUCUACUACCCCCUCCAAAGUGUGCCUCAAAGAUGACAAUCCGAGCUGACGAUACUGAAGAUGUUGUGCGGGCUAGGCUCCGCAUUUACUAUGAAGAGAGUCAACCUGUUGAAGAUUACUACCGCGCCAAAGGCCUUUUGCUUAACUUUGACGUCGCUGGAGGAAUCCCUGAAACCUGGCCACGACUUUUAUCUGCAUUGAACUUGGAGGAUAAAAUUAGUGGCUCUCAUGAUAGCCGGAAAAUGAUGGCAUGAAUCUCAUGAUAGCCGCUGCCUACGUCAACAUGCUGACUUGAAUAAUUGGUUUUCUCAUAUUCGAAUGAUGAUUCUUAGUCUUCCGGAGAACCUUUAUCUAGGCGCGGUGUCUAGAGCAAAGAUUUUGUAGAAAAUAGUGGGAUGCAACUUUGGCUAAUGAGUGGAAAAGUUGGUUCUCGUUCCUUUUACAGAGAUUUAUUACUGACCUGAAAUUCAUUCUUUCUGCGAAGCACCAGCCCUUCGCUUCUGAGUCAAUAACAAGUGUAUAUAACACUACUGAUAUCGAACAUCCUGUUAUCCAUUGCUCA